AUGUAUCCAUUACGUACAUCAAAACGGGAAAAUGAAAAUAUCGCACCAGAAGAAGAUGAAUAUGGAAAUAUGCAAAAUCGUAUUCAGGAUCUUGAGGCGAUCGUCGAGCAACAACAAAGUGAUUUAUCUUCUGUUUUAUCAAUACUUAAUGCAAAAAAUAAGCAACUUGAUGAACUUCAUAAACAACUGGGUGAACUUCAUUUACAAGCAAAAAUGAUGAAACAAUUUAGUAAGCCUCAUUUUGUAUUUUUGCUGAUUAUUCAACAUUAA